AUAUUGCUUGCAUCAUCAUUGCAUACACACACACACACAUACUGUUCCUUUCUCUCACCUCUCUCUAAGCUGACUGAAAGUAUAAUACACACACUGGUGGUGCAACAGUAUCAUAGACAUUUCCCUCUAUUCACUUUGCCCUAACCCUUUAUUUGUUCCAUUCAGCUGCAAAAAGCCUCUUGUGUUUCUUUCCCCAAUUCCCCCCCCCCCCCCCCCCUCUCCUUUCUCCAUCACCAUUGCAUCUCAAUACACUACUUUGUAAAAAAAGAUGAAACCUUUUCUUCCCCCAUCAAGACAUAUAUGUCCUUUCACCACACAGAUUCCAGAUUUUUCUUGUUUGUGCUGUUUAUCAUUUGUGUGUGUUUGUGAGAGAGAGAGAGAGAGAUGGAGUGUUUGCAUGUGUGUGAAAUGGGCCCUCAAAAAGCUGCAGUAGAAAUGAGUGAAACUGCAGCAUCUCUUUGAAUUAUUAUUAGCAACUCUCUUUUGUGUGGUUUAGAAGCAAAAAAAUGAAUAAUAAUUGAGUCUAGUUAUUACUCCACCAUUCAAAUUCUCUCUUGAAAUAGUGUUAAUAGCAACUCUUUGUGUGUGGUUAAUUAAUUAGUAUGCUCUUUUUUUUGUUUUUUUGUUGGAGCAAAAUAUUGAAUAAUAAAUCCCUCUUGAAAUAUUAUUAGUAGAACUCUUGUGUGGUUACUUAACUUCUUUUCUUUUCUUUUUUGAGGCAAAAUAUUGAAUAAUAAAGUGGUCAUUUAUUAUCAUGGCAAAAUUAACCACCCUACUACCUCUCCCUAUAUCUCUCUAAAUAUCUAUAUAGCUUUUGAUGGGGCUUGGCUUCAUAAUGCCAUGCACUUUAUACAAAAAUUCUGUGUUUUUGUUGCUGCAAAUCAAACAAACCAUUGGUUAAUAACUCCCUCUCUCUCUCUCUCAUAACUCUAUAUAAAUACAUGUAUCUAUUUGUGUUAAAAGAAGAGUUCUUUUAAGAAAGAGAGGAGAUUUGUUGUAGAGAUCGUGAACGGUUCUUGAUUUCUUUCUGAUCCACUCUGAAAUCCCUCAGUUUUCUUGGGCUUUGAAUUUUCUUGGAUGAAAUGAAAUCCCACUUUUCUUUUCUUUGUUUUUGAGAAAAAGAAAAGAAAAAAACAGCUCACUUUAUGCAUUUGGUUUUUGGCCUUUUAUUCCUUGUUGUCUUGUUUUUCACAGAAUGGUGGUGGGGUUUUAGUUUAGUACAUGAAGGCUUUGUUUUCUUGCAAAGAAUUUUUUCACAACAUUAUUCCUUUGUAGUAAAAAUCUAGAGAGAGAAAACAGUCUUUUGUUAGUUUCCUCUGAUUAUUACACUGUUUAGGAAGAAAGGGUAACCAAUGAUUUCCUACAUAUGGUUCUGAUCAGUAAAAAUCAAACCUCACUUUCUUUUAUUUCUUUUGGCUGUUUAUCAUUUUGUUCCCUCUACAAGUAUUUUUUUUUUCUUUUCUUUCAACUCUUGCAUUUUGGGGAAACUGCAUUUCACCUGAGAUCAUUUCUUCAUUGCAUAACACUCCUUCUUCAAGGACAACAAGGUUAAGGGUGUGGUUCUAGUGAAAACCGAUUUCUAUCAAUAUGCAAAGAGACGCUGCAACGGGGCCAUAUUACCCCGUUGCAGACGGGGCCUCGUUGCACUCGGCCUUGAUCUCCCUCGGUUACUCCGAUCUAAGCCACGUCAUGGCGGGGUUUCCCCUUCCCCCGGCCUUCGGGGAGGAGACGGUGGCGAGCAGCCGCGUCGGAGACGAGUUUUGGAGCACUCCUAGUGCUCCUUACACCUUUGAGCCCUCCAAAAUUGGUGUGGACUCCAUGUUUGAGGCCCCGGUCGAAGCCCUGCCAUUUGAUCCGACCGCGGGGUGGGUCGUGCCCUGCCCCGAGCUUCAAGAGAGCUCGAUCACGAUGAGUGAGUGGAGUUUGAACCCGCACAACCCUAAUCCGGGGCCUUCUCGUUUCAGCAAGGAGCUCUCGUUGAGCCUCGCAACGUCGUCCCAUCCUCGUGUGGCGGUGCGAGGAGGGGCUCCCCCCGAGCCCGAGCUGAGCUCCUCGGGCGUGAGCAGCCACACGUCGGGCAGCAGCCUCUCGUUGAACUUCGCCUCAUGUGGGGCCGCCUUCCCCGCUGCAACGCUGCUGCCCGGAUCCCCUUUCUUCGAGGCGAUGCAGGAGAUACUCGCUGAGUUCGCGUCAUACACACUUGUAAACUGUGAUCACACGAGCCUCGGCUCAUCAGACCGUAGCUUCGUGUUUCACAACAACAACAACAACAACUUCUCAUAUGGGAAGGAAAUGGAGAUUGAAUCCAAGAAAAGGCAUCUCAUGUCCUUACUCCAAGUGGUUGAUGAUCAAUACAACCAAUGCCUAGACGAGAUCCACACGGUCGUCUCUGCAUUCCACUCCGUGACCGAGGUGGACCCCGCCCUGCACGCCCGGUUCGCCCUCCCCACGGUCUCUGUCAUGUACAGAGACCUGAGGGAGAGGAUCAGCAGACACAUUUUGGCAGCAGGAGUGGGACAAGCACGAGAGGAGGAGCGGGAGAGGUCGUUCGAGACAUCCCUCGUGCACAAGCAGUGGGCGCUCGAGCAGCUCAAGAAGAAGGAUCACCAUCUCUGGAGGCCUCAGAGAGGCCUCCCCGAGAGGUCCGUCUCCGUGCUGAGGGCGUGGAUGUUCCACAACUUCCUACACCCGUACCCCAAGGAUGCGGAGAAGCACUUGCUAGCGUUGAAAAGCGGCCUAACGAGGAGCCAAGUCUCGAACUGGUUCAUAAACGCACGCGUGCGGCUAUGGAAGCCGAUGAUAGAGGAAAUGUAUGCAGAGAUGAACAGAAGGAAAGCUCCGAGAAACCAAGAAGAAGCCAUCAAUGGCAGCCAUAUGAAUCUUCUAAGAUUCGAGAGCAGAAGAUUCACUGUGGAUUAAUAAACGUCUAUGAUGAUGAAGAUGAAGAAGAAGGUAUCAUCUAAUGUAAAUAUGCAAAAUGCCAUUAAGAUUUUAAGCCAUUUUACAUCCAAAUUGUAUACAUGUUUUGGAUCCAAUGUUUUGGUAUGUAUUGAAAACGAACUAAGUUGUGGAAUCUCGAAUAAUAUUCGGUUUGUAGAUGAGAUGGUUAUUUCAAUAUGAUAUGAGUUUAAUUUAUUUUUUUA